AUGCAGUCCAAGCUCCUCACCACAUCCGCCUUCGUGGCCGGCGCCUCUGCCGCCAACUACCUUGGCUUCAACUCCGGCUCCACCCACGGCUCCGGUGCCGCCAAGGUCCAGAGCGACUUCGAGUCUGAGAUGAAGACCGCCCAGAACCUCGUCGGCGCCCCCGGUGACUUCAACGCCGUCCGUCUCUACACCAACAUCCAGGGCGCUUCCACUGCCGACCCCAUCGAGGCCUUCCCGGCCGCCAUUGCCACCAACACCUCCCUCCUGCUCGGUAUCUGGACCUCCGGCACCGACAGCAUCGAUAACGAGAUCAACGCCCUGAAGGCUGGCCUGUCCGCCCACGGCGACGACCUCGCCAACCUCAUCGUCGGUGUCUCCAUUGGCUCUGAGGAUCUCUACCGUGCUAGCGCCACUGGCGUCAAGAACGAUGCAGGCAUUGGCGCCAACCCCGAUGUCAUCGUCAAGUUCAUCAAGGAGUUCAAGAGCGAGUUCUCCAAGUACAACUUCAAGAUCGGUCACGUCGACACCUGGGACGCCUGGACCAACGGCUCCAACUCUGCCGUCAUCGACGCUGUCGACUGGCUCGGAGUUGACGAGUACCCCUACUACCAGAAUGGUGAUGACAACACCAUCGACAACGCCGCCUCCCUCUUCGAGAAGGCAUACGAUGCCGUUGUGGGAGUCUCCGGAGGCAAGGACGUCUGGGUUACCGAGACUGGCUGGCCUUACGAGGGUCCCGACUGGGACCAGGCUGUUCCCAGCGUCGAGAACGCCAAGCAGUUCUGGGACGAGGUCGGCUGUGCGAAGCUGUUCGGCAAGGUCCCCACCUUCUGGUACAACCUGGUCGACGACUCCCAGACCAACGAGAUGUCCUUUGCCAUCACCAAGGAUCUGAACACCACCCCUCUCUUCAACCUCACCUGCCCUGCCGUUUCCAAGUCCAGCUCCAGCUCCUCCGCGGCCUCUGCCACUGCCACCGGCACGUCCAGCUCUAACGGAACCUCGUCUGCCACCGGCACCAGCGCGACAUCCACCGGAUCUUCAUCUGGCUCUGGCUCCGGCUCUGGAUCUUCCUCUAGCUCGGACUCCGCCGACUCGUCCUCGUCUUCCAGCGUCGCGGCCAGCGGUGCCUCGGCUGCCAAGCUGGGCUCAUCUGCCUUCGCCGCCGUCGCUUUCAUUGCCGCCGCCUUUGCCCUCCUCUAA